GCUCGUCCCCUUCCUCUCUCGAGCCAACGGCUUGGCGAAGCUUCUGGGGACUUCUCUGGCGCGGGGGAUUGUGGGGUUGUUGGGCCGCCCGGACGCGGAGAAGAUAGGAGGAGUAGCGGCCCACUGAAUAGGCUUCCAAGAUGAUGCCCACACCAGUUAUCCUGUUGAAAGAGGGGACUGAUAGUUCCCAAGGCAUCCCCCAGCUUGUAAGUAACAUCAGUGCCUGCCAGGUGAUUGCGGAGGCUGUAAGAACCACCUUGGGCCCUCGUGGCAUGGACAAGCUGAUUGUAGAUGGCCGAGGCAAAGCAACAAUUUCUAAUGAUGGGGCCACAAUUCUGAAACUCCUUGAUGUUGUCCAUCCUGCAGCAAAGACUUUAGUGGACAUUGCCAAAUCCCAAGAUGCUGAGGUGAGAAAAUCAAGCAUAUGUGUUUAA